AUGAAUUACUCAUUAAUAGUAUGUCCAUCAUGUACAUUAAGUGUAGGCUUCUUAAGUUGUUGUACUUGUCAUAUAAAAUAUGAUUUCGUUAUUUGCAAUGGAUUAUAAGUGAAUUGUCCAUAAUGUAUAGAUGUAAUAUUUUAAAUUCUAUAUAUUAUAGUUUAAAUUGGAUACUUAUUAUUAAAGUGAUGAAGAUGUUUAAUUACAUUAAUAAUGUUAUAGAAAUUCAAAAAGAAUGUAUUAUCAUUGUUAAUGUUGUAAUGGUUAUUUUUGCAAAUGUGUGUAUGUUUAUAAUUAAUAUUUUAGAGAGAAAUAAUUGAAAAAAUAAAUCAUCUUAAAUCCUAAUCCAAUUCAUAAAAUAUUAAGAGGUUUAAAAGUUUAAAGAGAAAAUUGA